AAAGUAUCUCUAUCAUGAGGACACUCAAAUCAUAAACAAUCAUGGAUUGGUUCUCUUGGCUAUCAAAAACUGGCCUUGAGCCUACCCUGGUUUACGAGUAUGGCUUAGCUUUCUCUCACAAUGAACUCGAAGAAGAUGAUAUAGCUUACUUCAACCAUGAGUUUCUCCAGAGCAUGGGCAUCUCCAUAGCCAAACACAGGCUAGAAAUUCUCAAGCUUGCAAGGAGAGAGAAAGGAGGUAGCCCUCAUCCCAUGUCAAGGCUUCUCAUCGCGAUCAAGCGAACCAAGAGGUCUCUCUCCAAGUACAUUCGAACGUGGGUUCACCGCGAUGAGUCGGCUCUGGUCCUCGUGCCGAAGCUUAGUUACAGUUCGAGAUGGAAGAAUGCUAUGGUGAGGAGGAACAAGAGGUUGAUGAUGGCCAAGCAAAACACACUUAUGCUCACAAAUGGUGGUAGUCAUGUGGCCAUGUCUGCUGAGCGGAUGAAGAGUUUUUCGAGCCCAUUGGUUCUUGAUCUUCAUGAUGAUGAAAAGAUUGAUCGCGACUGCGAUGAGUAUUGGUCGACUGGUGUUGAAGAGAUCAGGUGGGAUGCUAUGUUUCAGAACUUGAAACCCACAUGAAGGUUUGAAAUUUCCUAUUUCUUGCUCUAAUUUGAAUGGUGAGAGAGGGGUUUAUUGGUUCUUCCACCAAAAACUUUUAGCUUGGGUUUUUCAUAGGACUUGCAUGAUUUUUUGUUAUGUGGUGGGUGAUGCUGAGAGAGCCCACCUUAGCACCGAUUAUUAGGGUCUG